CGUGUGUCCUCGACGUUCAACGCUCGUGGGUUGUAGAGGGACACACAGCAAGCGGCAUAGGCAGCGCUCAGUGAGCGAGUGAGAGAGAGAGAGAGAGAGAGAGAGCAGCCGAAAAAUCAAUUGACAGAAAGCGAGAGAGAGCAAGUAAGCUAAGCUUGCCCUGUAGAAAAUCUUGUAUAAAAAAACGACGCAUUAUUAACAAUACGCGCUAACGAAGGCAAAGCGUGCCGCUGUACGGCACCCCCAACUCCUUACACAUGAGGGAAUAUGUCUAGCCUAAAGAUUGUGUUGACUGGGCAUUUAUUUGCUGUACCCCAAACUGCAAAAUUCGAGUCAAGGAAGUGGAAUGUACUCGAGCACUGAAAAAUAAAUGAUAAAGAAUCUAUGUAUAAAGAAGAUAUAAGAAUCUAUGUGUAAAGAAUGAAUGCCUGCCAUAAUAGUACUGACUCCAGUCCUACUGAUUUACCAUUAUUACAAAGUGAUUCGUGCUGAGUAAAGGGCACAAGUAGCACUGACAUAGUCAUAUAUCUAAUUAAGAAUAAUACUUUAUCAUCACAUCUUUUUCGCACAUGGCAGCCAUGAAGCAUGGCAAAACAAACCAAGACGACGUGUGCUACGUUGUCGCGAAGUACGACUAUGAGGCACAGGGUGCACAGGAGUUGGACUUGCGUAAAAAUGAAAGAUACUUGCUGCUGGACGACUCGAAGCACUGGUGGAGGGUACAAAGCUCUCGCGGUCAGGCGGGCUAUGUGCCGAGUAACUAUGUGAAGAAAGAAAAGCCAUCUCUAUUUGACAGCAUUAAGAAGAAGGUGAAAAAAGGCUCUGGUUCCAAAACAUUACCGUCCAGUAAUUCUCCCAGUCGAGUGGUCGAGUCACCUAUAAUGCCCAGGCGUCUGCCAGCAGACCCGAGCGAAGCUAUUGGUACAGCCGUGGUCAAGUACAACUAUCAAGCCCAACAGCCGGACGAGUUGUCGCUGGUCAAAGGCACGCGAAUUCUUAUUCUGGAGAAGAGUAACGAUGGCUGGUGGAGAGGACAGAGCGGCACGCAAGCCGGAUGGUUUCCAUCCAACUAUACUCAGGAAGAGGGUGAUGCGGACGACACGCUGCACACCUACGCUAUGGCCGAGAACGUGCUAGAUAUCGUGGUAGCACUUUACUCGUUCUCCUCGAACAACGAUCAGGAAUUGUCGUUCGAGAAGGGUGAUAGAUUGGAGAUACUGGAUCGCCCGCCCGCCGAUCCCGAAUGGUAUAAGGCCAGAAACGGUCAAGGUCAGAUCGGCCUCGUGCCACGGAAUUACCUGCAGGAACUUAGCGAAUACCUGACACAGCCUUAUCGGGAGCGUGCCGGCAACAAUGCCAACAGCGAAAGAGGCGGUGACUCCUUGGAGCGACGAGCCGAUCAUCAUUCCAAUUCCGCUGGCGGUGCUACCAAUUCUGCCGUAGUCGAGAGGCCUCAUCUCAUGGGAAAACCGUGGUAUUACGGCAGCAUUACACGUUCCCAAUGCGACACGCUACUCAAUACGCACGGCCACGACGGCGACUUUUUAAUUAGGGACAGCGAAACCAAUAUGGGCGAUUAUUCAGUUUCACUGAAAGCACCAGGACGUAAUAAACACUUCAGAGUGCACGUCGAGGGUGCGCUUUACUGCAUUGGCCAAAGGAAAUUCCAUACACUGGACCAACUGGUAGAUCACUAUCAGCGAGCCCCGAUUUAUACCAACAAGCAAGGCGAGAAGUUGUAUUUGGUGCGACCGCUGCCAAAAGCUGGCAACCCUAAUAGCAACGGUUGCUAGGCUCGAACCGACUAAAAACCCAACCGUGAAUCUGUUUUUUAACGACUGAUGAUGAGCAUAUUGAUGACAAUGAGUAUUCGUCCAAUGCUUCGUUUAUACUCGUCGCGUUUGUAUCGCCUAAAAAGGACAAAAAACAAAUAAUGGCAAGAGCUCAAGAUCGUUUCCUCGCCUUUUUAUCUCAAACAUUUUUUCUAUACUUUAUCAUCGUCGAUCACCGAGUCACGUUAUCAUCAUCGCCUUUGCAAGAUCGUCUCAUUGUCUUCUGCGUAUAUUAUAUAUAUCGAGGAAAUGAAGAAUCAUGACUAACACGACUAUAGACGAAUCGCCACAUUUUAGUUUUUUUUAUAUAUAUAUAUAUUUUUAUUUUCGGGGAUCGACUUGUUUUUAUACCCUCAAUUCAACACAGAUCAUCUUACACGAUGACCCGUUGCAGUCUCAUCGACGCUUCUAAUCAUUGUCAUUGUAGCACGGCUCAACUUGUAAUAGACGAUCAUCCAAUUAUGCCGUUAGCGACGAAGUUUUAUAUACCGGAGUGUGACACGAAACUUUUUAUUAGCGACGUUAUACUUUUUAUUAACUUCGCUAGACAGAAUGACAUUUAUAAGAUGACGCUAUACCUAUGAUCGUUAUCUUAUUCAAUGAAUUUCUGUUUUUUUUUUAAUACACGUGUAAUUUUUUUUAGCUUGUGCGAGUGUAACAGCCGAGUAAAUAAUUAUUGUGCAAGUAUGAUCGACCUACUACUGUUAUUAAGCUAAAACAAAGACUAAGUGUUCAUUUGUGAUUUUGUAUUUAUUAGAAUAUUUCUAAGUAAAUAAAGUAUUUAAGUGUGCACCUACGCAAUCGCAAACUUUUUUUUUACGACUUUUGUAUGUAUUCACUGAAAUCCGAAUACGCAAUCCGUAUCAUCAGUUGUAGAAACAAAUACCAGUAAUUUGUUCAAUAAAUCUUUUUUACUUUUAUUCAAUGAAUGUCAAUUAUUGAGACACAAAUUUUGUUUUCAAAGACUUCAACGAUUUUAUUAGUUUUUUUUCACCUUCUUCAAAAAGAACAGUCCUGAGACUAUAUGUUGUUUUUUAUCAAUAAAAAAUUACUAUAAAAAAGAAUUCAAGCAAGCAGCAAGUACAUUUUACAAAUACAAUAUCAACUCUACAGUAAUAGAAUUAACAGUAACAAUUGUUAAUUUUUAUUUAAUAUUAUUUGCAAAAUUAAUUUUAUAAAUAAUUAAUAAAAUUACAUAUAAAUCAGAGAGAUAGAAAGAGAGAUUGGUGCUCCUAGAGAGUUUAAAAUUAACAGCGCUAAUUUUUAUGUUUCGUCAUAUACAAUAAAAAUUCUCUUUCAAAUCUACACGCCAAUGUAGAAUGUUUGUUCUUAAAAUUUGAUCAAAAAAUAAUGCAAUGGAUCACAAGAAAGGAUUAUUUGAGUUUCGCGUUACAUCUCCAACACCAGAACCAAC